AUUGCCAUACUAUAGACGGCAUUACUCCUCCAAAACAUAGUGCUUCAGUGCGGAUGUAGACGACAUGGAGGAACAGUUCAGAGUUGCACGGACAAGACGCACGAAAGCUGCGGUUUGAAAGCUGGGAAAACCCGUGGAUCACAUCACGGCCUGUACCUGGGGCGGAAAAGUGUUGCCAAUAUGGCUGAAGACCCACAGAGGAACUUCAGGUCAGCGUAUUAUGAAAAGGUGGGCUUCAGGGGAGUGGAGGAGAAAAAGUCACUUGAAAUUCUCCUAAAGGACAGUCCACUUGAUGUGGAAAAGUUAAGCACAUUCAGUCAGAGGUUUCCAUUACCCUCGAUGUACAGGAUCCAUGUAUGGAAAGUCCUGCUUGGUAUCCUGCCUCCACACAGUGAUUCUCACUCUCUCGUAGCCCGGUACAGGCGAGAGCAGUAUAUGGAUAUAAAAGAAGCUCUUCUGGCCAUGCGAUUUGUGCACACCGUCACGCCUCACACCGAGCUCUACCUUCGCAUGCAUCAGCUGGAAAACCAACAGUUGCCUUGUCGGUCAGAGCUCACACAACCUGGUGAAAAGGAUGAAGAUUUCUUGGCUAUCGCCAGGGUUAUGAAGGAGAUUGUGGAGGAUCCGGUGGACUGCUAUUGGCUGAUUAGGUGCUUUGUCAACCAGUUUAAUCACAAGUUUGGCGAUUCCAUACCUCACCUGCCCAAGAGUCUGGAGCAUUUCCUCUCCCAGGAGGACAGCCGUCUUCUGUCCCAUCUGAAAAAUACAGGCAGUCUGACUGUCCUGCCCUAUUCCCUUUGGUUCAGACGCUGUUUCGCAGACUGUCUGCCAGAGUCCAGCCUUCAGAGAGUUUGGGACAAGGUGAUCAGCGGCUCGUGUAAAAUCCUCGUGUUCGUUGCCAUGGAGAUCUUGCUGAGCUACAAGAUCAAGCUCAUGGGAAUGAGUCAACCAGAUGCGAUGGUGAACUUCCUGAGCCAUAUGCCACAAGAGAACACAGACGCCAUAGUGACCAAAGCCAUAGAACUGUGGCACAAGUACUGCGGGACUCCCAUGCACGCUGUUUAAAACCUAUGGACUCGAUCUUCUGACUCGAAACACCUCCGUGGUUACGUUUGCAUGCGGCUUUAUAACUCGACCGACAGCUCCAUCAAAAUAGAAAUAGAAAACGUUCAGUCAGACAUUAAGGUGAUUAUUUUUUUCUAUCUAAUUUAUGUAUCCGAUGAAGAAAUAUUUGCUUUAAAAAAAGGGGGGAAAAAACGGUAUUAAAGUGAGGUAAAAACA